AUGUUCGCACUGCGCGUUGAUCACAAUGCAUCAGUUCCCGUCCAUCGCCUUCCUAUUGAGCUGCUCCAAGCGAUCUUCGUCCUGUCCUACGACCCUCCUACGCCUUUCUUCGAACCUCCGGAUACGUAUAACCACGUGGUGCCGGACGUCCACUGGCCCAUCGUUCUUGCCCAAGUGUGCGGCAGGUGGCGGCAGGUGGCUCUGGACAUCCCGUCUCUCUGGACGAGCUUGACGGUCUCCACAUUCCCGACGCUCUCUCUCGCUCUCGCGGAAAGAUACUCCAAGGAACAUCUGCGCCUCUUCUACGCCGCAACUGACGGUGCUGGGAGUGGCCCUCUGAACGUGAUGACCACGAUCAUCGCAAACGAUCGCGCGCGUAUCCUCGAGCUCGGGAUAUACCGGACAGGAACUCCUGCCUUGGAGCGGCUCGAUAUCGACACAUCGGGAGUGUCGCUGAACGAGAAUGGCGAACGAGUCUGCGAAUUCGAAUCACGUCUCGCCAAAAUUUGCGCCCCCGCGCUUCGAGACUUGAGGAUGCAGUGUCUGAUCUUUCCAUCAAUGUUCGAUUCUCAGCUGCUCCGCUCUCCUAAUAUUCGCUUCCUAUUCCUCGUAAACAUCCCAAUCAUACGUCAACAACCCAGAGCCUCCUCCUCCGACAUCCUCGACAUCCUCGACCACUUGCCGUGCUUGGAGACAUUGCAUCUUUCCAACUGUCUGAUGCACGAACCCGGAGGAGUGGCAUCCCGAGCAAAGCCAAAUCUGCGCUCCCUACGCGAAUUCGAAAUAUGGGGGAAUUGCUGCGACUGCAUGAACAUACUCGGAAACGUCGUGCUUGCGCAGCACCUCAGGCGGUUUUCAUUUAGCUGCGGCGCCUACCAGUGCCCCAGAUGCGUUGAACUCGUACCGGAACUUUGGAAGGUCGCCGAAACAACCUGCGAUGUGCCACGAGAGUUGCUCCUCCAGGUGGAUUGGUCGGACUGCUGUCAGGUCGUCGUUCGUGGUCGUGACCUCCCUCGGAAAGAUCCGUAUCUCCACCCCUCCGCUUUGCAGUUUCAAGGUCAAGUCGACGACGACAUAUGGGCUAUCUUUGGUCGGCUCCAGAACGUCAUCCCUCCUGCUAGAGUCAUAGCGAUCGCAUUCUUGGGUGCUCGUCCUUGGUCACAUCCGGAUGUCGCCUUGAGAGACGCAUUGGGACGUUGGAGCUCUGUAUCAGAUAUCUCGGUCACUCACCGCGGGGCUACGAUGGCCGUCCUGAAAGCACUGCGUACCGACGAUGCAUCCCAGCUCGACCGCUCCCGAAUGAUCCUCCCAGACCUGACAUCGAUGACUGUUAGCGACAUCACCACGUGGGAGAACCUGCGAUGGUCAAGUAGCGACAUCAGGAAAAACCGGAUUUGA